CAGAGCAGGCUAAGACCAAAUGGUCAUUGUCCUUUGUAAACAUAGUAAGCCGCCUUCUCCCUGGGUGUUAUUUGCAAGACUUAAAAAGCACAGCUGAACUUUUCUAUUAGGACUGAGCUACAGGGGACAGAAAGGACUAGCAAGAUCAUCAAUCAAGCCCUCCGGGAGUUGUUUUGGACUUCAACUUCCAGAAAUCCCAGACAGCUUACCAGCUAUUAACUACUGUGAAGUCCAAAACACCUUAAGGACCAAAUGUUGGGAACCACUGGACAACAUGUAUUGACACUGCAAUGCUUGGUCUUGCCUCUUCCAUAUUAUGCUCCUUCUUCAUCCUGUUUUCACUGACCUCCAAUGCUGCCUCCAAAGAUGACCUUGUAGUGAACACCAGCAGUGGUCCUAUCAAUGGCAAAGCUCUCACCAUUGGCUCUGGCUCUGUGAGAGCUUAUCUUGGCAUCCCCUAUGCUGAGCCCCCCUUGGGGAAACUGCGAUUCCAGAAGCCUCUUCCACAUAAGCCAUGGAGUCAAAUCUUUGAGGCCACUAACUUUGGCAAUGCCUGUCUUCAGUCAGUUCUUUCUCAAACACCUGAGGCAAAAUUGUGGAAUCCCAAUAGGCCCCUGUCAGAAGAUUGUCUCUUUCUCAACAUCUGGGUGCCCCAUCCACAGCCCUCUGUACCAAUUCCCAUUCUUGUCUGGAUACACGGAGGGGGCUUUGUUGCAGGUACAAGUUCCCUGGAUUUGUACAAUGGGGCUUCCUUAGCUGCGACUGAGAAUGUCAUUGUGGCCUCCAUGAAUUACCGCCUGGGGGCUCUGGGCUUUCUUUCGUUGCCACCAGCUGUCCCAGGAAACAUGGGUCUGUGGGACCAACACCUGGCCCUGACCUGGAUCAAGCAGAAUGCAGCUGCCUUCGGUGGAGAUCCAAAGCGGGUGACGAUUUUUGGCCACAGUGCUGGAGCAGCCUCUGUUGGCUUCCAUCUCCUUUCACCUAAAAGUGAGCCCCUUUUUGCCCAAGCUGUGCUUCAGAGUGGAGCUAUCUACGCUUCGGCAAGUCCCGGGAAGGCCAAGAAUAACUCCCUUGAAUUUAGCCAGCUGUUAGGAUGUGGAGAAGGCAAUGAAAAUGAAAUUGUGAGCUGUCUUCAGGACAAAAAUGCAGUGGAAUUUCCUCAGCAUGAAGCAUCUCUGAGUAAGAAAAAACCUCUGUAUCCUGUAUUUGAACCAACAGCCGAUGGGGAAUUUUUGACUGAUGAUCCUCAGAGUCUUUUAGACUCUCAGCAUGUUCAGAUCAAACCAGUUCUCACUGGUGUCACCUCAGAUGAAGCAGCUCCUAUCGUGGAUUUAAUUAUUCUUGGAAGCAAUUAUAGCCAAAUCACUAUGGAAAUUUUUUUAACUGUAUUAAGGUAUCUAGUGCGAAACACAACUGAAGAAGAUAUUCAAGCUGUGGCCCUGAAAUACAGUGAAGAGAGUCAUGGCCCAGCAAAGUACCGUUCAGGCUUGGUGCAGUCUUUGGGUGAUUAUUUCUUUGUAUGUCCUGUAGCCAAAUUUGCUGGCCAGAUUAGAAAUGUUGGGAGUCCUGUGUAUGUUUACCUUUUUACACAUCACACCUCUGGCACUGUCUGGCCUGAGUGGGUAGGGGUGCCUCAUGGAGCGGAACUCAUUUAUCUAUUUGGAAACUUUGAGGCAGCAUUUCAGGCCAACAAAACACAUACAGAAGCGGAAGAAGCACUCAGCCGUAGGAUAAUGCAAUAUUGGGCAGAGUUUGCCAGAACUGGCAAACCCACAGGAUCAGAGAAGAAAGAAGUGGAGUGGCCACGUUACAAUGCUACACUGGAGAACUUCUACCAUCUUAGCACUGAGCCAGCCCAGGUUCUGCCAGUAUCACCUGCUCGACACUGCAAUCUUUUUAAAACACAUACUGUAAAUCCCAAGAAAUCAGAUGAAGAUUGAGAGCGGACAACAGUCCUCCCCAUUGGGAACUCGAAUUCUCCAGAAGCCAGGAAGUGUCUCCUCUCUGCUGAGAUGAGAUAGUUGCAUCAUUCAUUGUUCCAGUUUGCUUUGUCACCCACGGGGCCCUGCGUCCAUUUUGCCCCCCUCUAUUUUUCUUGCAUUUUAUUUACUUCUCCAAAAUAAAUUAUUUCUCUUGAAACCAAGAAA